AUUCCAGUAUUCCACCGAGUUGUCUCUCUCUUCUCUCCUCUUGGUCAUUCAUUGAUAUAUUGCUUGAACUUCUUCCCAACCAUUGAGUACCAAGUGAAUCUCUCUCUCUCUCUCUCUUCAUUGAGUGCAAUCCCCAAUUGAAGAUCUCUUUAUCUCUCUGCUCCUGAUUAUUUGAACUGUUUCACAAUCAUUCAGCCAGUUGGCAGUCUCUUUCUUCUGAUAGAUUAUUUGAACUAUUUCACAAUCAUUCAGGGAAACCUAGUUGAAGAUCUCUCUCUCUCUGUCUCUGUUUCUGAUAGAUUAUUUGAACUAUUUCACAAUCAUUCAGGGAAACCCAGUUGAAAAUCUCUCUCUCUCUCUCUCUCUCUCUCUUUCUCUCUCUGAUACUGAACGAUUUCACAGUGCAGCCCCAAUUGCAGAUCUCUUCAUAUGUCCGUUCCUGGCAUAUUAUUUGAACUGUUUCACAGUCAUUCAACCAGAUGGGCAGCAGUGGAUACUCUUUCUACGGUUGUGAAGUGAGCGAGGACUCUCAGUCUCAGCCCCCUCUUGGGAAGUUGACGGCAUCGGAAGGGCCACCGAUCAUCUUCGACGAUGACGCCGAAUCAUGCAGCGGCGACCUCGAGCACCCCACCCCAUGGCCUGAGGCCGACGAGAAGCGGGAUGACUCAGCCGAUGAUCAGCAGAUCCGCGGCUUCAGGUCGGGGGUCGGAAGAGAGAAGGCCGCCGGCGGGAAGGCUGCAAUAGUCCAGCCGAAGGCACAGGAAAACGUAUUGAUGGUCGAUCUCGGUGCUUUCCGGAGAGACUGUUACACGGGUUCGCCGGCGGAGGGGCAGAUAGCCGAUGACGAAGAUGAUGCUCCGGGAAGGUGCCAUUUCACGGCCGAGGAGUUGAUGAAGAGGGAAAUGGAAAGGAAUAGGUUGUUUUGGGAAGCUUGCCUAGCAAAAUGGUGACGGUGAUUGUGUUUCAGGAUUAAUGGUGAUUUUAUUUUUGCAGAAAAUAGUACUUUUUUUUAAUUUUCUGUAAAUAUAGCACGUUUGAUUUCGUGGGUAAAUUUAAUCUCUGUUUUUCUUUUUCA